CGAAAAUAACAAAUGCUGGAGUUUAAAUGGUGAACUGAUCCCCGUAAAAUACUGGCGCCUCCGGGAUGCCAACACGUUCGCCGAGAUUCGUCGCAUUUUGGAACGCAAUAGCAAGCAUUUAGGAGGCACGAAACACCGAUCAGCAACUACGAUUCAUCGGACUCUCAGGAACGGGACAACGUACUUUCACCUAAUUACAGUGUCAAGUGUAGAAACAAUAACGCCAACCCUGGACCAACUUUGUGGCAAAAUGCUUCACACAGAUCGGGUCAGCUAAGCCACAAACAAGUUGAUGGCAAUGUGUUCGGUUGGGUUCAACAGAGUGCUCAGGACAGUUGCGUUACUAGUGCCAAAGAAUGUUUAGCGAGCUUUAAUGAAAUUGAAAGUUGUUAGUGUAAUGAUAGUGUCAAGUAUCAUUUAGACUGUUUGAGUGCGUGUGUGUAUGCUCGCCAUCGGGUGGAAUCUCUUUCGGAGGAAGGGGAAGAGGCUCAUGUGCAGUUGGUGCCAAAUCCAAUUGUCAUACGGGGAGCAGGCAAUAUGACAGUUUUCGGUUUGAGCAACCGGUUCAACGUGCAAUUCCCCGCCGGUCUGGUUUCGCGCGUCGCCCCGGAGGAAUUCAAGACGGCCAGGAGGGCAGCGAGCUUUGGCAACCUGACGACAACAUAAAUGUGAUAACAAACCUGACCAUGCACCGGAUGUGGUAACAAUGAAAGAGGAACCAUCAAAUAACUCGAAAGAGCCAUUCACUGUAACAACCGAUCCACCAAAGCAACAAGAAUGUCCAAUCGAUGACAAACAAUCCGCUAUGCUUCGUUGCGACAUUUGCGAUAAAACAUUUGAACAUAAAUACAGGCUAAUUAACCACAUGAACAUUCAUACUUCUACCAAACCAUACACAUGCGAUAUAUGUGGGAAAGGAUUCCACCAUAAGCAGUCAUUGAAGCUCCAUACACUCAUUCAUACCGGUGAACGGUCGUAUAAAUGCACUGUAUGCGAAAAAGGAUUUUUUGCUAAAACUACUCUCACCCAUCACAUGAAUGUACACACAGGCGAGCGGCCGUAUAAAUGCAAUGUUUGCGGAAAAGAUUUCGCCGAUAGUUCUAAUCUAUCUAAACAUGUGUCUAUUCACGAAAGCGAGUACCGGUAUAAGUGUGACGUGUGUGGCAAAGGAUUCCAUCAUAGUUUCAGAUUCAAGAGCCAUAAAAGCAUUCAUGCAGGCGUAGUGUACAGUUGUACCGUAUGCGAGAAAAAGUUUACCAUCAAAUCUAACCUAUCGAAACACAUGUAUAUCCACAAGGAUGACUACAAAUGUGAUGUGUGCGGUAGAAGAUUCACAAGCAGAUCUCUUCUGGAAAAUCACAAGUUCACUCAUUCUGGGGAGCAUCCUUACAAAUGCACUGUUUGCGGAAAGAUUUUAUCCACCAACUCUAACCUAAAAAAGCAUCUGUCAAUACAUAAUGGUGAUUACCGUCAUAAGUGUGAGGUGUGUGGCAAAGGAUUCAUAGUCAAAUCACACCUGAAAGCCCACCAAAUCUAUCACACCGGUGAACGGCCGUAUCGAUGCACUAUAUGCGAGAAAAAUUUUACCAGUAGCUCUAACCUAACGACCCACAUGUACACUCACACGGGUGAAUACCGGCACAAGUGUCAGUUGUGCGGCAAAGGAUGCACGAACAAAUUUCAACUGCAAGCGCACGAACGAAGACAUUCGGGUUAUCAGUGCACCGUGUGUGAAAAACGGUAUACUAGUUUAGCCUAUUUCAAACUGCACAUGCGCCUUCACGAUGUCGGUGGCUUUAAAUGUAACAUAUGUGACAGAAAUUUCAAAACCAAACGUAAUCUUACUAUACACACGCGGAAACAUACGGGCGAGCGAAAAUACAAGUGCGAUGUGUGUGACAAAAUGUUUGAUUACCGCUCCCAAUUUACGGUACACGAACGCGUUCAUACCGAAGAGCGCCCCUUCAAGUGUAGCAUAUGUGAUAGAACCUUCCGAAGCAAUACCAAUCUGACCAAACAUAUGUUCCUUCACACCGAUGAGCGGCCCUACAGUUAUAAGUGUGAAGUGUGUGGCAAAGGUUUCUAUCAUCGUUCAGCCUUUAUGAACCACGCUCGCAUUCACACGGGCGAAGUUUAUAAAUGUUCCAUAUGCGAAAAGGUGCUCGCCAGUCACCCGAGCCUUACGCAGCACAUGUUAAUUCAUAAGGAUGAUUACCAGCAUAAGUGUGAUGUAUGCGGCAAAGGAUUCAGAAUCAAAUCACGCUUGAGGGAACAUCAAAACAUCCACACGGGACAACGUCCUUACAAAUGUUCCGUGUGCGGAAGGGGGUUUCUUUCCAACUCGGUCCUAACCAAUCACAUGGCCAUUCACACGGGUGACUAUCGUUAUAAGUGUGAGGUGUGUGGCAAAGGCUAUCAUAAUCAUUUGAAGUUUAAGAAUCACCAACGCUUCCAUACGGACAAGAAGUAUAAAUGUUCUAUAUGCGAAAUGGUUCUACCCACCGAUACCAGUCUAUCCAAUCACAUGACUAGUCACACUGGUUAUGUUCGGUAUGAGUGCGAUGUUUGUGGCAAAGGAUUCAGUGUACUUUCACACUUGAACAGACACAAAUACACGCACGCGAGUGAGAGACCGUUCAAGUGCGUCGUAUGCGACAAAGAUUUUAAACUCGAAACAACUCUUGCCAGCCAUAUGCGUGUUCAUUCGAACGAGCGGCCACAUAAAUGCACUGCGUGUGAAAAAAGUUUCCACACUAACUAUGGUCUCAAAUCGCACAUGUUGAUUCACACGGGUGACAGUCGGCAUGAGUGUGAUGUGUGUGGCAAAAAAUUCACCAGGAAUUAUUGCUUGAAGUUACACAAACGCAUUCAUACAACGGAGUCAGCAUCAGAUUGCGCCGUGUGAAAGAGCAGCCACAUGUGCUUCGUGCUGCGUCGUAACUCAAGAACCCUAGAACUCGACUGGCUAUUGUAGCAGUCAGUAGGCUUGCUACUACUUAAUAUAGUAUGGACAUGUACGACUGAAAAUGGAUUAGUGAGAAGAAUGAAAAAGAAAUUUAAAAAUAUACAAUCAGUGCUCAUCAUUCAUGAAUAAACGGUGAAGUAGAGUUAGAGUUAUUGUUUCUAAUAAUGUGUAUUCCAUGAGCUAAACAUGAUGGAAAGAUCAUGUGCUAAAUCCAGCAAACGUGUAAAAUAAUCUUUA